AUGAACAUCGAUCCGCUUCAUCUGCGCCCGGGCGUGGCGACUGCCACGGGCUACGAGCGCGAUACCGGCGUGUCGACAUGGACGUUCAAGCGUCAUUUCGUGCGCCCGAGCGCGGCCGAUCCGCGCACCAUGGAGCACGUCACGGAGCAGCGUGACGCGCGAUAUCGCCCGGAGACCAGCGAGCACCAGAUCCAGGUCAAGAUGCAAAUCAUUUCGGUGGUGCAGAAAGGCUUGCAGGCGGAGAUUUGUGUCGAUUUUGGGAUCAAGGUACGGUUCAUCCUCCCUUCACCAGCUGGAGGUCGCUCUCGUUUUCUCCGCACCAAUCACAGCCUCCGCUUGCUCCGCUCCAAUCACGUCACUGCGGUGCCUUUCACCACUCCCUCGGCCAGGCAAAGUUCGCCUUGCGCAUUUGCAGCGCAAUGCAGUAUACAUUGCUAUCCAUACGAGCAGUCGAGAUGGCUGACUACGAGUGCUACAGCGCUUCCAACUCACCACCGCCGAGCACCGCUAUAAUUGGUACGAGCAACUUGAGCCAGACCGUGGCACCGAUCCCAACCUGAGCGGCGAAUGCAUCCAGGAAUUCCAUUUUCCUGGUGACGGCUUCAAUCUCGACUUCAACCCAGUCCUCGAAGGCGACGGCGCCAUUCUAGGCUUCGAGGGCUUCAGUGUACCUCACGUCGACAUCGAGGGUUCCUUCGUCCGCAACGCCCCCACCUCGCGUCCUCCCCCGACUCUGAAUGCUCAGGCACAGCUCAAUCUGCUUCAAGGACCUCCGCGCUAUCAGCAUCACCACCACCAGUCUGCUGGUGCACUCGUACUCAAGCGCAAGAAGGACACACCGACCAUCACUGGCAACCGCGUAGAGGAAGUGGAGACGAGCGAAGACGAAGACGGAGGCGACGGUGAAGACUCCGACCAAGGGACGCUCUUCGUCUCGCAGUCCUCGUCCUCGGCCAUGAAGAGCAGAAACAUUCAUGGACAAGGAAGGAACAAGAGGCAGCAGCAGUCUCACAAGGCCGUGUUUCCGAACAACUAUACUGGCAACUUCGCCGGUCUUGCCGCCGAGGAUCAGCGCCGCAACAAGCACCGGGACAACCACAGCAACAAGAAGAAGAAGAAGAUGCGGCAGGUCGUCGUUGUCGAAGAUGCGGAAGAGGAUGAUGGCGAGGACGAAGACGAUCAAGAAGGUUACGAGGAGUACAUCACGGUGCGUCCCAGCACGAAGCGCAAGGCGUCUUCGAAGAAGCGUGGGCAUGGGCAAGGACAAGGAUAUGGGAAGAGGCCUCAGGGUAACACCCGGGAUAUCUGA